UGUUCUUUCUUUCGUUUUGGCUUCUUCCGGACACACUUGCUCCAACAUUUCCACACUGAGACACGACCAUAAAGAGUCCGCUUAAUCGUCUUUCUUUGGUACCAAAAACAAUGGCGAACAAUCAAAGAAAGAUAAGCCUACUCGUCUCCUUUCUCUUUUCUGUUUCCUUGUCAUGCCUCUGUUUAUCUCCGAUUCCGGCAUCAGCUCGUCGUCAGGAACUCAGGUUCGGUGCGAACGGCGAGUUCAAGAUACUUCAGGUUGCUGAUAUGCAUUUCGCAAACGGUGCCACAACCCCGUGUCUAGACGUUCUUCCUAGCCAGAUAGCUCACUGUUCUGACCUCAACACCACAACCUUCAUGUCACGAGUCAUCGCCGCCGAGAAGCCUGAUCUCAUCGUCUUCACCGGUGAUAAUAUUUUUGGGUCUGAUGCUAAAGACGCUGUCAAGUCUCUAAACGCUGCGUUUGCUCCUGCUAUUGAGUCUAAGAUCCCUUGGGUUGCUGUUUUGGGAAACCAUGAUCAAGAAUCUACCUUGACAAGACAAGGACUCAUGAAUCACAUUGUGAAGCUUCCAAACACUUUAUCUCAAGUGAAUCCUCCUGAAGCUGCUCAUUACAUUGAUGGUUUUGGUAAUUACAAUCUCAAAGUCCAUGGAGCUGCUGAUUCCAAUCUACAGAACAAGUCUAUUCUUAAUCUUUAUUUUCUCGAUAGUGGAGAUUACUCUAGUGUUCCUUCCCUGAAAAGUAAAUAUGAUUGGGUCAAAACUUCUCAGCAGUUUUGGUUCGACCGCACUUCAAAACGUCUCCAGAAAGAGUACAAUGCUAAGCCUAAUCCUCAACAAGGUAAAGCUCCAGGACUAGCUUACUUCCACAUUCCAUUACCAGAGUUUUGGAGUUUCGAUUCAAAGAACGCUACAAAAGGAGUGAGACAAGAAGGUACAUCCGCGGCUUGUACAAACUCAGGUUUCUUCACGACAUUGGUAGCUAGAGGAGAUGUGAAAUCUGUGUUUGUUGGUCACGACCAUACCAACGACUUUUGCGGUGAACUCAAAGGGUUGAAUCUAUGCUAUGGUGGUGGAUUUGGGUAUCAUGCUUAUGGUAAAGCAGGAUGGGAGAGAAGAGCAAGAGUUGUGGUUGUUGAUUUGAACAAGAAGAGGAAAGACACUUGGGGAGAUGUGAAAUCAAUUAGGACAUGGAAGAGGCUUGAUGAUAAGCAUCUCUCUGUUAUUGACUCUCAAGUUCUUUGGAACAGUUCUGCAAACGGAUUAGUUGCUCCUCGUUUAUGAUUUCACCAUUUCAUGUGGUUAUGUUUUGAUCUGUCUACUAAAAAUGUUCGGUGUUUGGUUCUAUAGAUACGGUUAAACCAAAUAAAUAAAAGAAACAGUUUCUCAUUGA